AUCCACCGUUAUACCGUUGGUUCGGUCCAACUUAAACCUUCUUAACUCUUUACUCUAAUUAAGAAUUAAGCUUGUUGCGUCAACUUACAUAAUAUCUUUUUUCUCCUUUCCUCUUUUAAUUCUUUGAAGCCAAGAGAUAAUCAUCACUGUUUUAUCUUUUAUAGUAAUGCAUCAAGUUGGCCACCUGCAACUUUCGUAUAAUCAUUUUAGAUAAUCCCAAUCACAAUACUUGGGCACCUAUAAGUUAGGUGACUAAACAACUAAUGUUGCGUACGAGAUGGCGACAAACUCACAUGCACGAUCAAGUUUGCGGCGUACAGCUUGUGACCGGUGUCGACAUUCAAAAUUGAAAUGUUACCGUGAUGAAAAUCGUCAAGAAUGUGCUCGUUGUCUACGACUGGAGUUACGCUGCGAAGUUGCACCAGCUAAACCUCCAGGACGACCUCGAAAAACAGUCUCGACACCUACAACAAGCGAAUCAAUAAAUCAUGCCGGUGUUGCAUCUCCCCAAUUCCUAAGAAAUGAGAGUCAAAGCCCUUCUGAUGUUCGAGUUGACCCAUUGCUGGAUCAAAACAUGGAGAAUUCGUCUCCAGUGUUGGAUGAUUCUCAGCGGGGGAGCACCUUAUUCCACCAGACACCAAUGCCGUCACACAUGAGCGUAAAUGGCUUCAGUUUAACGACAAUGGCGCAAUUUCCUGAUGUUCGGAUCCCCGAAUGGUACGAAACAACAUGUUUCGACUCUGGACCAUCUCCCGGGAGAGACCCCUUAGAUGUGCACAAUCUCUUCACGGUGAAGUUGGAUAGACACGAAUGUCUCAAGGAGCUUUCCCAAUUGAAUGUGGAUCUUCAUGUUCAAUGGGAGGCUAUACAGGAGUUGGCGCGAAGCGGGAGGAUAGACUUUGCUACCUUCUGUAAUCACCCACCUCCUUCAACUGGUGAUGGGGUUUCCCUGGCUGAGAAAUUGCUUAUUAUGUCUCAGAGAUACCAACAGGCUAUAACGAACCUCAACUGGGUCGUCAAGAACGAGCCUAAACCGUUACAUCCAACGAGCCCCGUCGUAAUCGACGACGAUUUUGUACUCGACCCUUUACUCCAUAUUGAUCAAGCUAUGCAAUCCUCGUCGAGUGGAGGAGAAGGAAGCAGCCAAAAUACCCCCGGGGAUAGGGUAACCACACAAAAUGGCCUACUCGAAACACCAUUUGCCUGCGCACUCGUGAGCUGCUACGUGCAAAUCGUCAGCCUAUGGGAGAUCAUGUUUGUCCACGUACAGAAGAGAAUCGAUGGCGCUGAUAACAGCCAAGUUCAUGUUUCCGAUCCCGAUAAGGGGAUUCGAAUGGGUUCAUUCUUCAUAUUCGGUGGUAGAUUACAGUCCAUGUUUUACUGCCAAGCUGUUCUCUACUUCCUUGAUAAUAUCGAUCGAGGCCUAGGCAUCCUUCCGGAACAGAGAAAACCUGGUGCAUCGGGUCUUUUAUCCCAUCCUCAACAUUUUAAUCUGCUUCAAAAGGAAUUGGGUGGCCAGAUCAAGGAGGGAGAACCUGAACGUCUUCGCGUGUUGAAGGACUUAGUUGAGAAAACUAGGCUAUUCUCAUUGCAUGAUGUGGGGUGGUAGAUACCGCGAAUUCGUUGCUGGUCACCGACGACGCGUGUCGUUAAAUGCGGCGUCAAGACAUUGAGCCGCGGAAGCGACGAAGUCGAGACACAUCGACCGCUAGGGGCUAUUCGCGCGUCAAAUUAACUAAACAAUAUGAUGGAACCUAUUCGUUACGUAACGAGAGUCCUCAUAGUUUUCGUGGCCGACGUUGCGAUUGCAUUCCUUAGCACGGGAUGUUCCCAAAAGUCGGUUAGAGUUCCUCGUCGCGGACCGCUUUAUGAGAUACCACCAACAAAAUAUCGCAACCCGGAAAUCUUGCAAAUAGAUCUUCAAAAUCCAUGUGGGGAUAUUUUCUUAAUCAUCCAGCCGAGCCUCCCACCGGUGAACGACAUGGCAUGAUUCCACCUUCUAUACCUUGGGAGCUUGGGAUGUUACCAUUCGGCUAAUGCUCUACCGAUCUCAUCGCUCGAAGGGAACACUAACCAAGCCCGACAUCCCAUGAUUCAAAACACACGGGACGAUAUAAUUACGAUUCUCAAUUGAAGAUUAUCGACAGUAUUUCGGCGCUCGUUUCCAAAUCACAGAACCAAGU